CAAUGUCAUAAACUGCUGGGCGACAAUCGGAAAAACACGUCUAUUAAUGUCGAUUAGUGUCGACAAGCAGCAACAUUAAAGUCAACAUAGUUGCAUUCUGUGUGGGAAGCCAUAGCGUUCCAUCAGUACGCACAAAGAAUUAAAAGAUGGCGGCAAAUAACCCACCACAGGAUGCUGUUUUUAAGUCUUCAGCUGGUUUAAAAGUUACUAUUACAGAUGGCGAUAUUUUAGGCGUACAUGCCGAUGUGCUUGUAACGAGAGAAAAUCCAGAUAUGAGCCCAGCGAGUGAACUGUGUCUGUCAUUCUGUCGUAAUGCAGGUAUUAAAACUGCAGAUUGGAUACAUGAUGUUAAAAAGAUUCACCGCCAGCUGGAGCCAAACACAGUCAUUAGUAAACAUCUAGGAAAACAUGGUUUUCCAUACACCCAUGUGUUUCACGUCAUUGUGGAGUCUUCUAAUUUGUCCACCGAAGAUCUCGACAAGUUGUAUCUUGAUGUAUUAAGUAAAGCUGAAAAAUUCCAAGUGCAGUCUCUCGUAAUGCCACUUCUUGUCAGUGAAAUAACCAAGACACCCUCCGUUGAUGUUGAGGUUUGCUGCAACCUGUGUCUAGAUGUUUUUACAGAUCCACGCGGACUCUUCUGUGGACACACGUUUUGUCUACAGUGUUUGCAAAAUCAUAUCAAGACUAGUGCACGCAGAAAGUCUUUUCAAUGUCCAAACUGCAGGACCAUGAUCAAGAUUCCAAAUUAUGAAGAACCAAAAACAUCCUGGGCUUCACAGUUCCCGCGAAUCAUGGCACUCACGGACGCCAUUGCUGUGAUUAACAGAAUGAAAAUAUAAAAUAUUCGCAGAGAAGACCCCAUACAUUUUUUGAUGAAGUGCUUUGCAAAUCAUAAAAAACACUACUUGGAAAAUAUUUACUUGGGCGCUUCAAGUUUAAAGGAAUUUAAGAAGAUGUGUGAUUCAGGCAGAAAUCAUUUGACGUUAGAAAGAGAUUCCAUCAGUUCUAGUUCAACCACUUAUGGUGGUAUGUAUACAUAUUAUUAUAUAUACAAAGGAACCACCUAUAAAGG